CAGGAAGUUAAUGGGCUGUAACACAGGCUACUGAUCAGUCAGGCAUACAUCAGUGUGACAGGAUGGAGCUCCAUCCACUCUACUCUAUGAUUUUGCUUAUUUUACUGAUUCGAGUUGGACAAGCUCAAGUUAAACCUGUUCUGUCUGUGCAGCCGAAUUCACCCCAAAUAUUCAGAGGAGAGAAAGUUACACUCACAUGUACUAUUGCGGGAGGAAGUGGACCAUACCGGUGGUACAGAGAUAAUGUUCAUUUUCACAGUUCUGAACAUUAUGUCUACACUGAAAACAUAGAUCAAAGUAACAAAUACAGUUGUUUCGGGUCUUAUGGUGGACGGUCAACAACAUUAAGUGAUAAAGUGACUCUCUCUGUGAUAGAGAGACCAAAAGCUUUUUUGACUCUGCAGCCUGAUGGACAAAUAUUCAAUGGAGAGGAAGUCACUUUCACAUGUGACAUACAAGGACAUGCAGACACUGAGUGGAUGUACAACUUGUGUCACAAUGAUGAUCAGAUUUCCAGCUACAGUGAAAAAUGUCAAAAUUCAUUUACUGCUUUAGAGUCUGACAGUGGUAAAUACAACUGCAGAGGACAGAGGAAAAGCGACUUUCAGACCUCAGAAACCAGUGACGCUGUUACACUCACUGUGUCAGAAAAACCUAAACCUGAACUCACAUCAGACCUUAAAGGAGCUGCACUGACAGGAAACUCAGUGACUCUGUACUGUACACUGAAGCUGCAGUCUGCUGGAUGGAAGUUUUACUGGAUCAAAGACACACAGAGCCGUGAGACUGAGACUGAAACACACUCCUACACCAUCAGAUCAGUCAGAGUCUCUGAUGGAGGUCAGUACAGGUGCAGAGCUGGAAGAGGAAACCCAGUUUACUACACACACUACAGUGAUGCACUCUGGGUAAAUGUUACUGUUCCUGAACCCAAAAUUGAUAAAGCAGUUGUGGCUGUAGGAGUGAGUUCAGCCUUGCUGUUUAUCAUCCUCUUACUGAUCCUGCUGUGGUGGUGUUGGCACAAAUCCAGGAAAGGAAGGAAUAAAGACAUCCAACAAAACAGCAAUCUAACACCAGGCCAGAACCCAGUAGCUGAGGACUCUCUGUCAGGAUACAUAUCACUUCAAUCUGAAAAUGUACACAUGUAUGCCACUGUGAAGAAUGCAGAUAAAAGUAAUGCCGUAGCUGAACCCAGUGAGGCAGUUUAUGCACAGGUCUUAAAGAAAAACAAGCCAUACCACAAUAAAGAUGAAGAUGCUGGACCCAGUGAUGUCACUUACAGUGAGCUUGAACACAAGCCACAGAAUAAAGUGAGGGAAAGUCAAGUGAAGACCAAUGUAGAAUCUGAUACUGUUUACUCAGAGCUGAAGGAAAACUCAGCCGAGGAGGCCGAGGGAGAGGACGUGGAGGUAAAGAAGUUGGAGGAAGAGGACAAGGAGGAGCAAGAAGAGGCCGAGGAGGCCGAGGAGGCCGAUGGAGAGGACGUGGAGGCCACUGAUCAGUCAGUCGUUCAUCAGUGUGGAAGGAUGGAGUUCCAUCCACUCGGUGUAAUGAUCUUGCUUAUUUUACUGAUCCGAGUUGGACAAGCUCAAGCAAAUAAACCAGUUCUGUCUGUGCAGCCAAAUUCACCCCAAAUAUUCAGAGGAGAGAAAGUUACACUCACAUGUACUAUUCCAGGAGGAAGUAAAACGUACAACUGGUACAGAGAUGAUGUUCCUGUUCACAGAUCUGAACAUUAUGUCUACAUUAUAAACAUAGAUCAGAGUCACAAAUACAAAUGUUAUGGGUCUAAUAGUGAACUGUCAUCACCAGUGAGUAAUGAAGUGACUUUCUCAGUGAUAGAGAGACCAAAAGCUGUUGUGACUCUGCAGCCUGAUGGACAGAUAUUCAGUGGAGAGGAAAUCGUUUUCACAUGUGAAAUACGAGGACAUGCAGACACUAAGUGGACGUACAACUGGUAUAAAGAUGAUGUUCUUUCUAACAUUGAAAACAGAGAAUAUUCAUUUACUGCUAGAGAGUCUGACAUCGGUCAAUAUAACUGCAGCGGACAGACGCAACACGACUCUCAGACCUCAGAGACCAGCGAUGCAGUUACACUCACUGUGUCAGAAAAACCUAAACCUGAACUCACAUCAGACCUUAAAGGAGCUGCACUGACAGGAAACUCAGUGACUCUGUACUGUACACUGAAGCUGCAGUCUGCUGGAUGGAAGUUUUACUGGAGCAAAGAUACACAGAGCCGUGAGACUGAGACUGAAACACACUCCUACACCAUCAGAUCAGUCAGUGUCUCUGAUGGAGGUCAGUACAGAUGCAAAGCUGGAAGAGGAAACCCAGUCUACUACACACACUACAGUGAUGCACUCUGGGUAAAUGUUACUGAGAACCUUAAGCCUGUGGUGAUCAUAAAGCCUGAUAAUCAUGUGUUCAGAGGAGAGACUGUGACUUUUAGAUGUGAAAUACAGGGAGGAGGAGACACUGAGUGGCAGUACAGCUGGUAUAAGAAUAAUAACCCAUUAUACCACAAUACACAGGAGUUCAGCCUCAACUCAGUUAAACAUGAUAACAGUGGUAAAUACACCUGUAGAGGAUUGAGCAACAAUCAGAGAUCAGAGAUCAAUAAUGCUGUUACUCUCAUUGUAUCAGAUGCAGCAGAGGCAGUCGUGAGUGUGUCUCCACAGAGUUGGCUGACUGAAGGAGACUCAGUGACUCUAAACUGUGAGAUUAAAUCCUCCUCUACAGGCUGGACAUUCAGCUGGUACACAUAUGUUGUCUACAGAGACAGUCAGGGUUCCUACAGGUACAGACCAGAGCUUCUCUCAGACAGCAGCAGAGGCUCCUACACUCUCAGUUCUGUUUCUCUGAACCACACAGGAGUUUAUAUGUGCAGAGCAGUGAGAGGAGAACAAGUAUAUUACUCACAGUACAGCAAAGAUCAGCCACUGUGGAUUACUGGUGAAUCUCCUCCAAUGUCUCUGAUCAUCAAUCCCAGCAGAAGCCAACAUUUUACUAUUGACUCUCUCUCACUGAGCUGUGAGAACCAGAGAGACUCUAAUGGAUGGACAGUGAGAGGAUACACAAACUAUAUGACAUGGUUUGAUUGUUCAUCAGUUUCAGGAUGUAACAUCAGCUCACUUUAUACCACACACACUGGAGUUUACUGGUGUCAGUCUGAAUCUGGAACGAGUAAUCCUGUCAACAUCACAGUACACUAUGGUGGUGUGAUCCUGGACAGUCCUGUCCAACCUGUGAUUGAGGGACGUCCUCUGACUUUACGCUGUUUAUAUAAAUAUCACAAUACAAAGAUAUCAGACACUGGUGUUAAUUUCUAUAAGGAUAAUUUGAUCGUUCAGAGCAAAAAUACAGGAGAGAUGACCAUCAGCAGUGUCUCAAAGUCAGAUGAAGGUUUCUACUACUGUAAACAUCCAGGAGGAGAAUCACCGAAAAGCUGGAUUUCAGUCAGCUAUCAAAGAUCUGGAUACAAUAAUAAAGUAGUUGUGGCUGUAGGAGUGAGUUCAGCUUUGCUGUUUAUUAUCCUUUUACUGAUCCUGCUCUGGUGCUGUUGGCACAAAUCCAUCAAAGGAAAGGUUGGAGACAUACAGCAGAACAGCAAUCUGACACCAGGCCAGAACCCAGGAGCCGAGGCCUCUCAGUCAGGAUACACACCACUUCAGUCUGGAAAUGUACACAUUUAUGCCUCUGUGGAGAAUACAGAUAAAAAUGAUGAUGCGGGACCUAAUGAUGUGACUUACAUUGAGCUUCAACACAAGCCACAGAAAAACGCAAAGAAAAAUCAAGGUUCAGCAGAAAAAAUGAAGACCAAUGCCAAUAUAGAAUCUGAUACGGUUUACUCAGAGCUGAAGCAUAACACAUAGAUAACAACAUCUGAAUCUGGAAGCGAGAUGAAAAAUGUGAGCUGAAGAGAUCA